GAGCAGCAGCUCCGGGGGAAGCCAAGUACUGAGGGAAAGCGCAGCCCAGAGCGCAGAGCGCACACACAGCGCCGGGGGACAGAGGGGCGCAGAGAUAGAGAGAGACAAGGCGCAGAGAGAAGGCGCAGGGCUGGACACAAGUCUGACACGGGCUCGGGAGCUCCGCGCGUAACUAGAAGAGCAGCUUGGCUCCUGCGGGGCUUCCUAAUAUGCCCCAGUCUUACUAGUGACAGCCGAGAGCAGAGAGAAGUCCUCCCCGUGCGACACUAUGGCCCAAGAGCGGCUCCGACCCCGACUCUGCCACAUCACGAGGGGAGAUCAGGGCUACGGUUUCCACCUGCACGGAGAGAAGGGCAAGAGCGGCCAGUACAUCCGCAAGGUGGAACCCGGCUCCUCCGCUGAGGCUGCGGGACUUAAAGCUGGAGACCGAGUGCUGGAAGUCAACGGGGAGAACGUGGAGAAGGAGACGCAUCACCAGGUGGUUCAGCGCAUUAAGGCGAUAGAAAACGAAACGCGGUUGCUGGUGGUGGACAGAGAAGCUGACGAAUACCUGAAAAAAUCCCCACCCAGUUCGCGUCCGGAAUCCGAACCCAACUCCAGUGCCCCCUCAACUCCGACUCCGGGGAGCAACAACAACGGCGAAGUAUGGAAAACGAAGGAGGACACAAGCCAUGAAGAUCAGCUGCACAAUAACCACAGCACGGAGAAUGGGAAGCAGGAUAUGAAUGGGCAAGUGAAGGAGAGGUGCCCUCGUUUGUGUUAUCUGAAAAAAGGCUCCAGUGGUUACGGCUUUAAUCUGCACAGUGAAAAAUCCCGGCCGGGCCAGUUUAUCAGGUCUGUGGACCCAGGAUCACCGGCAGCCAAGGCUGGUUUGAGACCGCAGGAUCGGCUGGUAGAGGUGAAUGGACAGAAUAUUGAAAACAUAAAGCAUUCAGAAGUGGUGGCCAACAUCAAAUCUAAGGACAAUGAGACCAAGCUACUUGUUAUAGACCCGGACACAGACGAAUACUUCAAGAAGCUCGGGAUCACCCCCACUGAGGAUCAUGCCAAAGGCACCAUCCCCUUGACCAACGGGGUGACUCCUACACAGCUGAAUGGAGACUCCUCAACUUCUUCAUCUCACAGUGACCUGCAAAGCCCAGAUAAGGACUCACAGGCAGGGGACCUGAUCAGGAAGGAUCCAUUUGAGGAAAGUGGCUUGCGGCUCUGUCCUACAGCAGCUGAAGCAAAGGAGAAAGCGAGGGCCAAACGAGCCAACAAGCGUGCUCCACAGAUGGACUGGAGCAAGAAGCAUGAGAUAUUCAGCAACUUCUAAUCCUCAAAACCGCCCCCACUUUUCGCAAGACUGAUUUUUUUAAGAGCAGGGGAGGCGAAGGACAACAUGACCUUAACCAUAUCCCUAGCAAAAACGAAACAUUGCGAAUUAACAGGAGGAUCUGCCCAUCACUAAUGAGAGGACCCAAGUCUGUUUAACUGUUCCAGUUGCUUUCCAAAUCAGCUGCUCUGUGUUUUCUGUGCAGGAAAUAUCUACAAUCGCUGAUUUGGCCUUGAUAUUGAACACUUAUGGCGGUUUUCCAUCAGUCACAUUGUUUGUCGGUGCCUUAAAGCAAAUGAGUGCCCAACCUGUGGGCCCUCCAGCACAACCAAUUGCAACCAGUUGAACAAAACAAAACAAGCAUUGUGAUUGUUGAGCUGAGAUUCCAAGCACAAGAGCAGUGCCUAUCUGGCUAUCUGGAGUUCCCACUUAAGCCUACUUAACUGCAUUGAAAUUUGUAAUCUUUGUGUUUAUAAACCGACUUCUUCAUCUUUCCUGUGACUUUAGCAAGGACUGUUUUCUCAGUCAGUAGCCUCUGCCUGGGUCUGACUAGAUCAUCCUCUGGUCAGCAUUGCCCAAGCACAGCAGCAGAACACAGCCCCUGCCUUAAAUCACUGGAUUGCUGUUAUAACCACCAGCAGAACUAUCUUGCAAUGAGGCCAAGCAGAGACAAGACUGUACUUAUGUUUAUGGCUGAUACAUUAGACACAAUAACAAAGCCGUGCUGCAAUGAUAGGAUAUAUCAUGUCAUCUGUUUUGUGAUGGGGACAGUAUGAUGUCACUAACUGCAGUAGGGAACAAGUUUAGGUGAAAAGGGGAAACUCAACCAAAAUAAAUAAGGCUUGAAAUAAUUAUAUAUAGAGAGAGAGAGAGUUUCAGUUAUCCAGUCCCUAUAAUAAAUUCAAAUUGCAACUACAUAGCUUUGUAAAGGGAGCCUGAUUGGUUGUUACUGCUGAUUAGGCUGAAGAACCCCAGUUUCAGGUUCAAUCCAGAUUACAUGCAAAAGUAUAUUUUGAUCCCAACUAAAAUAUAAUGAAUCAUUAGUGGAAACAAAACCAGCCUAUUAGGUUUAUUAAAUGUCUACAUGAUUUUCUAGUAAACUUUAGAUCUUUUCUAAAGGAAAGGUCCAUUAUCCAGAAUAUCCCAAGUCCCGAGCAUUCUGGAUAACAGGUCCCAUACCUGUACUGUCCUAGAUAUUCUUGAAAUUAUGGCUUAGAGGGCCAAUAUUGGACUGGCCGACCAGGAUACGAGGAAGACUCCAUGUGGGCCCUCCUGCUUUUAAUCAUUUAGCCUAUUUCAUGGACAUUACCUAUUUUAUGUAUGGGAUUAAAAGGAUGAAUAGAAAGAACAUAGUAACAUAGUAAGUUAGGUUGAAAAAAGACACACGUCCAUCAAGUUUAACUCUAUUUUAACCUGCCUAAAGAAGUAUGUAAAGAAAAGAGACUAGGAAAAUAAAAAAGUUGAGAUGAGCAGGAAAAAUAGUUUGGAUAAUGAGCCUUAAGUUGUUUGGUGGGCCCCUAGCAUUCCCAGUAUGACAUUUCAGGGGGCCCUGACCAAAGGUUGUACCUUCAAGGCGGACCCUGGACUUUAGUUGGACAUUCAAGUGGGUCUUGAACUGAAAAAGUUUGACAACCACUGCAAAACCCUUUCUGUCCUUAAAGCAGGAGUAUUGCAUCCUUAGGGCAGAGACACACGUGGAGAUUAGUUCGUUUUCUGAAGUUGCCUCACAAGGAAACUUCGGAAAACGAAUUGCUCCGAGUGCCACCCCGCCAGCGAUUUAGAUUCCAGCUGGCAGGAAGGCAAUUCGGGGAGUUUAGUCGUCCGAAGAAGAGUCACCGGCGACUAAAUCUCCCCCCGUGUCUCUGCCCUUACUGAAAAACCAACAAGCCUAAUUUAUUUUGUUUAAUUCCCCCAUUAACCACAGCUAAUAGUGAAUUGUUUGGAUGUUGUCCUGUCUGGAUUUUAUAAGCAACUCUUUCUGUGUUUCCAAUAUCCUUAUUGUCCCCUCCACCACCAGCUUUCCUCUAAAAACAAAACAUCAGCUUCUCUGAGCCGGAGCGAGGGGGAGUCAGACCGUGCCUUGCCCGGAUAAGGAAUAAUAAUAUUGCAUGUCGAGCAGUCCCUUAGGGCCACGCAUUCCUCACUGCAGUCCAGAACCGCUGGCUCACGCUCCCGACUGAUGUGCAGCUGCUUCUUAUUAUGGAGAAAAAUAAUAGAAAAGCUCAGAAUUGUUGGAGGAGUUACCCCCACCCCCUAGUGCAGGGCAUAAAUACCCUUUCUGUGUCCGGCCUACUCUCUUCUUCGCUGGACUUCACAAUGCUCUCAGUCAGGGGGGGGGAGACACAUUCAUUUACAUAAAGAUGCUGUGAGGAAUUUCAAGUAGCCAUGAAUAAUCUACAAUGUGGCAGCUUUUCUCAAUAGCACAAGCUUAUUGUUGGAGUCAAAGACCCCCGGGGGUCAUGCGUGGUUACUAGGUGGCAGCUCAUGAAUUGAAACACAAGGGCUGGCAGUGUAGGGGCUAGUAAUUAAACUGGCUUCUAUGUUAAAUAUUUACUUCAUUAUAAAGGCUGCAGAUCAAGUACUAGAAUGUGAUCCUUGGUUACCAUUCUUUUGGAACGACUGGGGAUAUUUUUGUACCCUUGUUAAAAGCCGCACUUAAAGCACUUAAGUAUGUGAUCCAAGAAUAACAUUUUAAUUACUGCUGGGGAAUUGGAGUCGUAGUGGAUACAGCAAAUAUUUUCUUGCUGGGAAAUUCUCUAAACAAAUGCAAUUCCUUUGUCUGGGAAGUUUAGGAAGGUCUUUGACUAACCAAUGCUGCCUCCUAGUGGCCAUUGGACAGUUUUAAAGGAGAACUAAACCCGAAAAAUUAAUAUGGUUAAAAAUGCCAUAUUUUACAUUCUGAACUUAUUGCACCAGCCUAAAGCUUCAGCUUGUCAAUAACAGCAAUGAUCCAGGACUUCAAACUUGUCACAGGGGGUCACCAUCUUGGAAAGUGUCUGUGACACUCACAUGCUCAGUGGGCUCUGAGCAGCUGUUGAGAAGCUAAGCUUAGGGCUCGUCACUAAUUAUCCAGCAGAAAAUGAGCUUCCCCUGUAAUAUAAGCUGAUGCUACAGGUUUGCUGAUUAUUAAAUUCUGAUGCUAAUUGCACUGGUUUCUGUGCUGCCAUGUAGUAAUUAUCUGUAUUAAUUACUAAUCAGCCUUAUAUUGUGACAUUUCUAUUCUAUGUGUACUGUAUAUUGUGAGUGGGUCCCUAAGCUCAGUAAGUGACAGCAGCACAGAGCAUGUGCAGUGAAUCAGCAGAAAAGAAGAUGGGGAGCUACUGGGGCAUCUUUGGAGACACAGAUCUUUACUGCUAAAGGGUUGUAGUUGCCUUGGGCUGGUACAGAAAACAAUGUCAAGUCCACUUCUUUAGUUAGGCUUUAGUUCUCCUUUAAACUCUCAGGAGGCAACACAUUAUUGUACACACGGGCACUUUCCCAGCAAAUAAAAAUAUUAAAAGAAAAUAGAAAUAUUAAUUGAAAAAAAGCUACAUGGGCUCCUGAUCACAAUGGGGCUCCUGAUCAUAACGGGCCCCUCAGCUAUAGCCUAGGGGAGCUAGUGCAUUAAUCUGCCCGAGUGGCACUAUAGUUGUUGCUUUAACUCCAGGGAUCUCACUGAAAGGUGCUUUGUAAAUGCUAUGAGCCAGUACUGAAGAUUCCCCACUAGCUGGAUGCAGGUAUUACAAGCUGGCAGUUCUGAUUCUGAUUUAGAGGCAACCCUUGCUUUGUAAAUGGCAAUUUAUGUGUUAAAAAAUGGAAUGUAUAUAAGAAUACAUAAAGCCAUAAAACUUUUUUGGGGUGUCUUAAUUGUUGGUUGCAUACACAAAAUGAUGUGUAUAUCAGAAAUGAACUUGAGAUGGUCUAGUAACAUAUUCUUUAUUUUUUAGCAGCUCCUUCAGUAAAUUGCCCCCCUUUGCACAAUUAGUCCUUAACACUUUUGGAGCAGGUUUGCAAAUUAGGAAGCAUCAAAUUGCUUUUCACAGCUGCAGGGAAAUAAACAGCAAGUGAGCUGAAGGCUUAUCAACCCCAGUCAAGCAGGAACAGUCUUUUUUGUUAUAUAUUGAGAAUGCAGUGUAGUCAUUCACUGGCAGAGGACAACUAGAGCUUAUUUGAAGUUGUCUUGCUUUUGGGAUACUCGUAUCUGGAGUCAGAAUUUAGGAAUUCAGAACCACUAGUCCUGUGGGCGGUUGUAUAUAGGGCAGAGCAGGUGCUGCUAUGUUUGAGUAUAGUAUUAAGUAGAUGGUGCACAUUCCAGUAGCACCGGGACUGCAGUUAGAAACGCUGUUGAGAGUUUGGUUACUCCCAAGAAUUGCACAUAGGAGCCAGGUCACCAUGUAUGGGCUGCAUAUACUGUAGCUGGGGUUGCCACCUGGCCGGUAUUUUACCGGCCUGGCCAGGAAAAAAUAUGGUUGAUCCCAAUGUUAUUAAUAGGGGAAAAAAGAUAAAUAUAUAGGAAGGCCGGCAUUUUUUUCCAGAAAAGGUGGCAACCUUAACUGUAGCUCAUGGAAGGGUAAGGAGAGAGAGGCUAGAAGCAGCAAUACAGAUUUAAGGAUCAUGUUAUGUAUCAUGUGCAUGGGAUUCAGGGGUUGCAUUGGAGAAGAGGGCACUUGAGCAAUGUAGGCAACCUAAGACAAAUUUCUUAAGGGUAUGUAAAGCCUUUAAAUAUGAGUAUAGUGUUUUAUUCAUAGGGUCCAGGGCUUAUCUGUACUAUUCCUCACAGCCCCCCAUAAAUGGUGGACGUCUUAAUGGCAUCUUACUGCAGCCCCUCUGCCAUUUGCCAGACUCCACCAAUCCAAGUCUGUAUGGAGGAGGAAAGCCACAUCAGAAGGUGUAAAUUAGGAAUGAUUUAUCUUACGUGGCAUAAGGUUGCUUGGUAUGGGAAAAAGUCAAUACUAAUAAAAACAGGCUGUGUUUAUGAUGGGCUUUAUUUGCCCUUUAAAUUAGGGAUGCACCGAAUCCACGAUUUUGGAUUUGGUCAAACUUCGGAAUCCUUCGCAAAAGAUUAGACCAAAUACCAAACCGAAUCCUAAUUUUUUUACUUUUUUACAAAAAGUCACACAAUUUCCCACCCCUAAUUUGCAUAUGCAAAUUUGGAUUUGGUUCGGCCCGGCAGAACGAUUUGGCCGAAUCCUGCUGAAAAAGGCCAAAUCCCAAACCGAAUUCGGUGCAUCCCUACUGUAAAUCAGGGAUGUCUAGCUUGUAGUCCUACAACUUUUGUUACACUAGAUGUUCUAGGACCCCAGGGCAGCUGGUAAUUGUAAAACUAUAUUAUUUUAACAAGGCAUUUGCCCACCAGCCCCUAAUAGGAUGAGGUAAUGUGGGAAAAUAAAACCCAAUGUUAUUUAAUGUGACAAUGUUUCUGCGGAUGUGGGUUCUCCUCAAUCGGAUGUAUUGUUCAGUUGUGUGAAUAAAGAGAUAUAUGAAGGAAUGGACUCUGAUUUAGCCCAGUGGUUUGUAUGGAACUAUGGGUCAACAUUACUCACAGAAGACACUUGGGUUCUUCAGCCACAUAACUACUGGGAUGGACCAAAUAAUGAUGUGGCGUGCCUGAAAGAAGAUUCCCACUGACCAAUCACAGCAGGAUCCAUGGGAAUAGAUGUACAUUUAUUCAGUAGGAAGGAGCUUCUACAAUAAAGAAGAGACUGAUCCAGUAGAGCUUUGUGGCUGCACAUGGCCAGGAUGAUGCCUUCUGCUUUGGAGACACCAUAUUUUUCUACUAUAAACAUGUAAUUAUAUAAGGCACAAGUAUCUACGAAGAAAUGAAAUACCUUGUAAACUGCUAUGUGCACAAUAAACGGCUUUCCCAUGUA